UACUUUCUAAUGCUACAUUUUACUUUUUCUUUUUCCCUCACACUGGACUUCACACUUUCUCCCCCUGGAAUUUUUAGCGACAGGAAUUUAAAGUCAGUUUUCGUACCUGUGGAGAUGCUGUGAGGGACUAUUUCCAUUCAGAAUUCCAGAGGCUUGAUAUUUGGCUGACAUGGCCCGUGGAAUAGAGUCCUUGGUGUCUCUAAACCCAUUUUGCGCCAUGGAUUCAGCAAAGGGAGGGCACUCGGACAACUGCAAAUUCUGGUUGCUGGAUCUGGACACCUUGUCUGUAUCCAGUAACGACACCCUACAACCAGGCUCCAGCCAAACCCUGGGUCCUCACAGUUCACCAGGACCCAAACGUCCUGGGAACACCUUAAGGAAGUGGCUGACCAGCCCAGUCCGGCGGCUCAGCUCCGGCAAAGCUGAUGGCCACGUCAAGAAGCUUGCACACAAGCACAAGAAGAACCGCGAAGCCGCAAGGAAGAACAUGGAUGCAAUGGCAGGCUCGCAGAAGGACUCUGACGACAGCGCUGCCACGCCACAGGACGAGACGCUGGAGGAACGAAUGCGUAAUGAGGGUCUGAGCAGUGGUACCCUGUCCAAGUCUUCCUCAUCAGGCAUGCAGAGCUGCGGCGAGGAGGAAGGAGAGGAGGGGGCCGACGCAGUCCCUCUACCUCCCCCUAUGGCCAUCCAGCAGCACAGCCUGCUGCAGCCUGACUCCCAAGAUGACAAGUCUGCUUCUCGUCUGUCCGCUCGUCCCAACAGUUCAGAGACACCCAGUGCUGCUGAACUGGUCAGUGCCAUCGAGGAGCUGGUGAAGAGCAAGAUGUCACUAGAGGAUCGUCCCAGUUCUCUGUCGGUAGAGCAGGGCGACAGCAGCUCGCCCUCCUUCAACCCCUCCGACAAUUCCCUCCUCUCCUCCUCCUCUCCCAUUGAUGAGGUGGAAGAGCGCAAGUCUGGCUUCCUCAAGAGAAGACACUAUGUGCUUCUGGAGCUGGUGGAGACUGAGAGAGACUAUGUCAGAGACCUGGGAUCAGUGGUUGAGGGCUACAUGAGCAGGAUGAAAGAGGAAGGGGUUCCAGAUGACAUGAGAGGAAAAGACAAGAUCGUCUUUGGAAACAUCCAUCAGAUCUACGACUGGCACAAAGAUUUUUUCCUUGGCGAGCUUGAGAAGUGUUUGGAGGAUCCUGACAGGCUGGCUCCUUUAUUUGUCAAACAGGAGCGGAGGCUGCACAUGUACAUUGUGUACUGCCAGAACAAACCUAAGUCUGAGCACAUUGUGUCAGAAUACAUAGACACUUACUUUGAAGACCUUAAGCAGCGAUUGGGCCACAGACUGCAGAUCACUGACCUUCUCAUCAAACCAAUCCAGCGUAUAAUGAAGUACCAGUUGCUACUGAAGGAUCUUUUCAAAGUUUCCAAGAAGGCUGGAGUGGAUACGACAGAGCUGGAGAAAGCAGUAGAGGUGAUGUGUGUGGUUCCCAAGCGCUGCAAUGACAUGAUGAAUGUUGGGCGCCUUCAAGGCUUCGAGGGUAAAAUUGUGGCACAGGGCAGAUUGCUCCUCCAAGACACCUUCAUGGUGUCAGACCAGGAUGGUGGACUUCUGUCCAGGAUGAAAGAGAGGAGAGUCUUUCUGUUUGAGCAGAUAGUCAUCUUCAGCGAGCCCCUAGACAAAAAGAAGGGCUUCUCUACUCCUGGCUACCUCUUCAAGAACAGCAUCAAGGUGAGCUGGUUGGGUUUAGAAGAAAAUACAGACGACCCCUGCAAGUUCACACUCACCUCCAGAUCAUCCAGUGGCAACCUGGAGAAGUACACGCUCCAUUCAAUGAGCCCUGGAGUCAGUCAAGUCUGGAUCCUCCAGGUCAGCCAGAUACUGGAGAACCAGCGAAAUUUCCUCAAUGCUCUGACAUCCCCCAUCGAGUACCAGAGGAACCACGUGGGUGGUGGGGGGCCGGGCGGUCCACCUAGCAGUAGCAGCAGUAGUACCGGAGGCCUGCCAGGAGGCAGCAGCUCCAACAGUACCUCCAACAUGGGAGGGGGAGGUGGUGGCGGCGGCUCUGGAGGAUCAGGAAGCAGCUCCUCCUCUCUGUGCGGUCCUCGCUCCCGGCCCUCUCGCAUCCCUCAGCCAUCCUCACGCCUCCCCCAACCCGUCCACCACCACCACCCCCCGGGCCCUGAGGGGCCCGACAGAUCAGCAGGUAUGUGGUCACCCUGCCACCCUCAGUCCCCCCCCUCUAACCCCUACUCAGACACCACCACAAAUGGAGAGCUGUUAGCCUCAGAGGUCACAAAAAUGAGGAGGCUGGAUUGUCCUCAUGGAGGAAACAGUAAUAACAGUAACAGGCCUUCAGACAGCAUGCAGACCAGUGUCAAGCCGGGUCUGGGGGGCUAUGAAGACACCCAGAAACAUCAAACAGCUGAUAUACCACAGAUGGCCGUGGCUCCUCUGAAUUUACACUUAAAAAGCCCUCGAGUUGGGACAGUUUCUCCUCUAAUUUCACCUCAGUCUCCUGGAGGAGGCGGAAAGGAAGCCUUUGUCCCCUCCAGCCCAGCUCAUAAAGGGAAUUCUUUCUGGGCUAUGGUCCCUGCUAUUCCUCCCUCUCCCGCCAGCCGGCCUGGUUCCUUCUCCUACCCCAGUGACAGUGGUGGUGGAGGGGACACUUUGGGCAGAGGAAGCCAUGGACCGGCCUCUCACCAUCGCCACUCCACCCACAGUAAGGACAUAGACCGCAUGAGCACCUGCUCCUCCACCAGCGAGCAGUCCAUACACUCCACCCAGAGCAAUGGGAGUGAAAGCAGUAGCAGCAGCAGUGUGUCCACCAUGUUGGUGACCCAGGACUAUGUGGCAGUGAAGGAGGAUGAGAUCAGUGUGGUGCAGGGUGAGGUGGUCCAAAUGCUAGCCAGCAACCAGCAAAACAUGUUCCUUGUGUACCGAGCAGCCAAUGAGCACUGCCCUGCCGCUGAGGGCUGGAUCCCUGGCUAUGUAUUAGGACAUACCUCAUCCUCCAUUACACCCGAACUCCCUGAAGGAACCAUCAAAAAAUCAUUAUCAUGGCACACAGCACUCCGUAUCCGCCGAAAGUCUGACAAAAGAGACAAGGAGGGCAGGAAGAUGGAAAAUGGCUACCGCAAGUCUCAGGACGGCCUGGCCAACAAGGUCUCUGUCAAGCUCCUAAAUCCAAACUUCAUCCAUGAUGCUCCUCCAGAGUUCCUCAUCCCUGUCAGCGAUGUAACAUGUGAGAGUGGCGACGGUGCGACUCUGAAGUGUAAAGUGUGCAGUCGCCCCCGGGCCACCGUCACCUGGCGGGGACCUGGCAACAGCACUCUGAGCAACAACGGGCACUACAGCAUCACUUACAGUGAGACCGAAGAGGCAGCUCUUCGUAUCCUGGGAGUGUCUGUAGAGGACAGUGGUGUGUACACAUGUGUUGCCUCAAAUGUAGCAGGCUCUGUCACCUCCUCCGCCAGCCUCAGAGUCUCAGGAACCCCUGAGGAUGGCAGUGAAGUCCUCUGGAAAAGCAGCUUCGAGUCCCACUACACAGACAUCACUGAACUAGGAAGGGGCCGGUUCUCAGUGACUAAGCGGUGCGACCAGAGAGGGAGUAAAAGGACAGUUGCAGCAAAACACGUUAACAAGAAGUUACUGCGGCGAGAACAGGUGCUGCAGGAGAUCAGACUCCUGCAGACUCUGGACCAUCCCAACCUGGUCAGGCUGCUGGACACGUAUGAGACAGCCAACAGCUAUGUACUUGUACUAGAAAUGGCAGACCAGGGACGUUUCCUGGACUAUAUAGUGAGUUGGGGCAACCUGACGGAGGAGAAGGUGGCUCUGUACCUCAGAGAUAUUCUUGAAGCUCUCCACUAUCUGCACAGCUGGAGGAUAGCAUACCUUGAUCUCAAACCUGAGAACAUUGUGGUGGAACAUUCGUCUUCCCAGCCGGUGAUCAAGCUGACAGACUUUGGUGACGCCGUUCAGCUGAACCCUCCCUCCUCCUACAUCCACCCUCUCCUGGGAAGCCCCGAGUUCUCUGCUCCUGAGCUGGUCCUGGGUCAGCCUGCCUCACUGAUGUCUGACCUGUGGAGCUUAGGGGUGGUGACCUACGUUGUACUAAGCGGCGCCUCGCCCUUCCUGGAUGAAAGUUUGGAGGAGACGUGUCUGAACAUCUGUCGCCUGGAUUACAGUUUCCCCGAGGACUACUUCCAGGGUGUGAGCCCAGCUGCCAGGGACUUUGUCUGCCUGCUGCUCCAGGGCGAGGCAGAGCUACGGCCCUCUGCAGCGUCUUGCCUGCAGGAGCCCUGGCUCCAACCUCAAGGUGUGAUCAACAGUGGCAGUGGACAGGCCACCUUAAAUCAUAGGCAGCCACCAGCACUGCUGCCACCAUCUCAGAAUUGCCACACCUCACAUCUAGACACAUCCAGACUCAUUUCCUUCAUCGAGAGACGGAAACACCAGAACGAUGUUCGGCCCAUUGGCACCAUUAAGGCCUUCCUUCACAGCCGCCUGCACCACGUCUAACAAACAGGCCACUAGGUAGAUGUGACAGCAACAACGUGUAGUGUAGAUACUGGCUCCUGCAUUGUUGUGGUCCAGAAGGAAUUCCUACCUGUCCAGCAAACCAUGGAGGAGUAACAAGUUAACUCGGUUGAGCUGUGUUUAAACUCUACUGAGAGGACCACCAGCAACAUUUCCACAGUGAUCCCCUUUUCCCUCACUAAGCCACAAAAGUCCUGCUGCUGCUGACUGACCGACCUCUGCUGAUAAAUCUUUUGACUCUCCCCCACCUCCCCUUAACCUCGGCAUAUUGUCAUUAUGCCCGCACAACAAAUGAACUGUUGGAAUCUGUUUGAGAUUCCAAACCUUGACUUAGCAGGGAGAAAAUGAAGCUUUCUCAGCAAGCCAGCGUGAGCAAGUCUUGCGUUUCAGACAGUGUUGAACAGAGAAAAAUAGAAUACUGUAUAAUAAGAGUAAUUCAGGCUGCUUUCGGUUGAACACAAGAAAAUGUUUUUUUGUAACGAGAGAUUACUUUUUGUAAAUGAAACCAUGUACAGUGAGGAAACAGAGAACUGUCUUUAUUCAUACCUUUUGGAAAACACAAGUGAGUUAUUAGGUAGAAAGACAUCAGGGGAACUGAGAGGUGUGUGUUAAGUGGCACCCAUCAGCAGGGUCCACUUAUUCUAGAACAAGAUGAAGACCAAAACCACGUUUUCCAGAAACACAUUGUAGUUACAUUCAGUGCAAUAGUUUGCUUAUGUUUAUGCCCCUGUUCAGUUUUUAAAGGUGAAAUAAUUUCAGUUUGUGAUACUAAGAUAAACAAAAUUAACUUGAACGAGCAUUAGAGCUAUUUCGGCAAAGCUUCUCAGAUUUCUACCUGUAGCCGCCUUAUUUGUAAAUAACGUAUUCCUGUCUUUCAUUCUCAUUUUGAAGAAUUUGUCUCAAAUGAACAAAAGCAAAUUAAUUUGCCGAGUAUUAUAGUAGUGAGUCCACGCAGCUGAUGAAGCGAGCCACUUCCUGCGGACUCACAGCAGCUGGGUUUUCAAGAUGAACAAACCGCUACUAGAAAUGCACUCUGUAUUUUGCAUCAAUUCCCAUGUGCAAUGUUGCAGCUUUAACAUUUAUGCAACUAUUUAUGAAGACUUGUGUUGUAGCCGUAUUCUUAAAAAGGCAUGUACGUAUCUGGUACUGCGAUAGAUGUCUGUAUUGUGUUAACUCUUAUGUAUUAAGUUCAGUAUUAAUAUCUGCAAAACCCCUAGACAAGAGGAGGGUUUUUGGAAAUAAUGUAUAAAAUGUGUAUCUAUAAAAUACAGGCACUUAUGCUUUCAUUUUGUCAUGGUUUAUGUUUUGAUUUUCUGUAACAAUACCAAAGUUGACUAUGCUUUCUUUUCCUGCUAAUGUGUUUAUUUGUUUUGUUUUGUUUUUAAAUGAUUUCUCAUGUUAAGUUAUAACAGACCACACUGAACCCAGGCAAAUGAGUGUUUACAAAGGUUCAGUCUGGCUUUAUUUAUUCUUAUUGUAAUAAGAAAUAGUUUGCUGGUUUAUUGCAGAAAAAGAAAUCUAAUAUUUCACUUGUCUCUUUUCAAGCUGUGCACAAAGUGGUUAGCUGUGUGAGUUUGUUUGGCUUUUGUAGGUAGAUACUGAUGUAUGUCGCUAGAUUUCUUUUUUUCCAUCUCACUUUGUUGUCAUCACACAGACUUGGUUGACCUUUUUACCAAGCAAUAGGUCUGGACCGCCAGUUGGCUUUGAAUGUGAGACAAGUGUUUACUUCCUUGUAACUAAGUUAGGGGACAACACACAUAGACACCCCUGCGUGCACACACAGCACGCACACAAACACCCACAGUCAGUGUCUCAGUGUGGACUUUAAAUGAUUGUAGAAUGCAUUAUACUUUUUAGGAGACACCCAAAUAUUUUGCCACCAACAGUUGGUUGCAUGAACGGGUGUCUGCCAUGAAAGAGAUCUCUUCCAGUUAUUUUUAUUUGAAUGAGUUCAUGUCUUUAGGUGAAGAAGUUGUUGAAAACUUACUUUUUCUUUUUUUAAAGUGCCAGUUGAGUGAGUCAACAAAGAGAGUUGGGUUAAACUAUAAACUUUUCUUAUUUUCUUUGAAGGAGCUGUUAAUAACAUGUUGAGUUCAAUGACUCUUGUUGAUCUGUACUGUCUAAGUCUCUCAUUUUGGGUCAUUUUUUAUUUAUUGGUGUGGAUCUGGGUUUCCCAAAAUCAUGGGUGUUCAUCAGUUUAUCAAAUUCUCUUAAAACCUAUUCAUGGAAGAAUAUGAUCUAAGUGAUAAAAUGCCUUUGGGAAACUCAGCCUAUACAAGAUGUAAAGAUGUACAGAGGGGGUCGGGCAGUUUGCCCACACCCAGGAUGUAAACCUCAUAACUAUGUCAUAUUUUAAAUACACAUAGAACAAGAUUGCAGCAAUGUCAUUUUGAAUGUCUUAUUAUGACUUAUUUUUACUUUUGCAUGUAUAUUUCUUUGUACAGAAUAUUGUGUUUACAUGUUACUAAGUGUUGUAAAUAUUUUCUUUUGUCCUCUGUUAUUUUGCCAUUAAACGUACAAGGAACAACUGGUUUCCCCCAAA